UCACUUCGGAACUUCCUGUUUGGAACACCGCUAGAGCAAGAAGGAGGAAGAGAGGAGGGUCCUCUCUCAUAUCAACAUAAGGAGAUGCUUGACGUCUAUACCAUCUCUUACACACACACACAGAGUUAACUGUAUCAUCCGGGUUGUCGUUUAAGUUUAAUCCCGUUUAAAAUUCCCCAAAUUCAUUGGAAAAAUCGCUGUCAUUAACAACGGACCGCCAGAUGAACGGAGCAGCAUUCCCCUCCCCUACGGCUGAGAUGGCAGAGAUCAACCGUAUCCAGUACGAGCUGGAGUACACUGAGGGGAUCAGCCAGAGGAUGCGCAUCCCAGAGAUGCUCAAAGUCGCUCCUCAAGGCCAGGAGGACCCCACUUUUGGAUCACAAGAGUUCCCUCACUUAAUGCAAGUCCCAGAGAGAAUUGUGAUUGCAGGAGACAAUAAUGACCCCCAGUUCUCCAGACCCAGAGACUUGGACCUUAUCCAGUCAACACCCCUAGAAGCACUAUCACUUAAAACUCCACCCAGAGUUCUUACCCUCAAUGAGCGACCCCUGGACUUCAUGGAAGAGGAGCAGCGGGCUCCACCAGAUAGUGAGGAGGUGUUGAGGCCUCAAGGACGUCUACGUCGGGAACGCUCGGCCAGUGAAAAUGCAGCUGUUCGUCAAAACAGUCAGCUGAUGCACAGUGAUUCAGCUGCAAUCCCGCCUCCCCCAGCCAUUGUCCACCCAUGCCCCCCUCUCACCGUGCCUGAAGAACACAACCUGUACAGCGCUAGCGGUGUUCUAUCUUUCCUCCAGUCCACUACACGUCGGGCCUACCAGCAGGUCCUGGAGGUCCUGGAUGAGAACCCUCGCAGCAAACCAUCACUUCGAGGGGGGUCGGCUUCGAGCUCCAACCCCCUGCAUGACUCCAGGCUCACAUUAUCAACAUAUGAACCCUCUCUGGACGGGACGGCCGACGACAUGACUGUGGUCGAUGCGACAACACUUCGACGUCAGCUCAUCAAGUUGAACCGCAGACUGCAGCAUCUGGAAGAGGAGAACAAAGAGCGAACGAAGCGAGAGAUGAUCCUGUACUCCGUCACCUUGGCUUUCUGGCUUGUCAACACCUGGGUGUGGCUGCGACGUUAGAGGCAGCCUGUGUUGUUUCCAUCAGCAUGACUAAAGAACGCACUAUCCCUAUGUGUCAGACAUUAGCUACUCGCUGCACUCAGCCUCUGUAUGAGGAGACCUUGACAUGUGCAAGGCCUGUUGUACACAGGGCUGAUAUUUUGAUUUUGUUUAAUACAUGUACAGUUUUAUUUUUUUACUCUUAGUUCUUUCUGUCUGUUGAAUUUUCUUCAUGUUUUGGUUUGAUUCAUAAUCUUUGUGCCCACUGCUGAGUAUGUAAAUAUUCGUUCAUGUCACUGAACGCACCCAGAGACACAGGAUAGGUUGGAGCUGCAGCGUGCAGCUUCAUGGUGGUAACAUGUCCAAUAUUUAUUGCAGAGAGAGUAAUGUGUGACUUUGAAAGAGGAAUCUAAUUCAACUUAGUAAAACUAUAACAAUGAA